CGACGUUGGGAGUAUACCACCUCGAACCUUAAGAAUCACAGGUCUGGACCGGACAUCCUUGCGCCUGUCCCGCGCAAACAUCUUAGUCUACAGGCGUCCGAAAGCCCACAUUGGCUAGGCUCCCCGACGCUCUCCGCCUCGUCCUCUCGACCCGUAUCGCCAUUCUCACUGAAUGGCCCACACACUUUGUCACCAUCAACGACGCGUCGUCGCCUAAGCCGGCAGCUCAGUUUCAGUUCGCUCAGGGACAACGAGCAGUCUCUGGACUCGCCGAUUCUCUCAGCGUAUCCACACGAGCGACGAAAACCAGACAGCGAACAUGUCGGGGGUAUGGGCAGACGGUGGGUGCGUUGGAUGCACAAGCAAGGGCUGAAGCGUUGGGUUGUGCCUUGUGCCGUCCUUGCGUCGGUCUGGGUGAAGUGGUCGAUCGGACUCGGUUCAUACUCCGGUCAGACAGGGUACACCGCAAUGUAUGGUGACUACGAAGCCCAGCGACAUUGGAUGGAGCUCACCAUACACCUGCCCGCGCGUGAAUGGUAUCAGUACGAUCUGCAGUAUUGGGGGCUCGACUAUCCCCCAUUAACCGCGUAUGUGUCAUGGGCGUGUGGUCUAGUUGGGUCGUGGAUCAACGCCUCGUGGUUUGCCCUCGACGACUCUCGUGGGAUCGAAAGUCCAGAAAGCAAAGCGUACAUGCGCACCACUGUACUGGUGUUUGAUAGUCUAGUGUAUCUUCCAGCACUCUUCCUUUUCGUGCGGACCUGGCACGCAAAUCGUUCAGCACGUACUCAGGAAGUGGCCCUCCUCACUCUCCUUUUGCAGCCCACAUCACUUCUCAUUGAUUUCGGCCACUUUCAAUACAACUCUGUCAUGCUAGGUCUUACCGUAUUGGCUAUGGUCUGUUUUGCCCGAGGCUAUGACCUACUGGGUGCUGUAGCGUUUGUCUUAAGUCUGGGAUUCAAACAAAUGGCACUGUAUUAUGCCCCUGCAGUCGGAUCAUAUCUACUGGGGAAAUGCUUGUAUCUAGGCAGUGUGCAAGGACCCCGCCAUUUCGUCCGCCUCGCUGCCGUCACAUUCGCAUCGAUGCUGAUCCUCUUCCUCCCCUUCCUCCCGCCCUUCGCCCCUCCUUCCGCCAUCCUCGACCCCGUCACCCGUAUCUUCCCCUUCAACCGCGGGCUCUUCGAAGACAAGGUCGCCAACUUCUGGUGCGCGAGCGACGUCGUGCUGAAAUGGCGCCGUCGUCUAGGGUCUAAAGCCCUUGUGAGACUCGCGACGUGCCUCACUGCGCUUGGUUUCAUGCCCGGUGCGGCGGGGCUGAUCUAUAGUGGGUGGAGGGUGCGCUUGCAGCCCCGCAAGGACGAUGAUGCGAAGGCAGAGGACAUGGGCAAGGCAGAGGCGGGAGAGCCGGCCCCGACGCUGCCGCUUCUGCCGUAUGCACUAUUGACGUCGUCGAUGUCGUUCUUCCUGUUCUCACUGUUCUGCUCCGUUGCUCCCUUGACCCUGCUGCUCUCUGGGGUGACAUCGAACGAGGCGUCGGAGACGUGGGAGAUUGGAAUGCUCGUGAGCAAUGUGGCUUUGUUCAGUAUGUGGCCAUUGCUCAAGCGGGACGGCUUGGGUGCGUCGUACAUCGCCAUGACCUUACUGUGGAACCGAUUGGUCGGCUACAAUCCCUUCCGCUCGACCAAGCUCACUACUCCAAUCGUCCACACUGGCUGCAUGGCACUCCACCUCGUUGAGCUACUCUUCUCUCCACCCGCUCGGUACCCAGACCUCUUCCCCGUCCUGAACGUCCUCCUCUCGACGCCCGUAUUCGGCCUUGUCUGGCUCUGGAGCAUCCGGCGCGGAGUCGAGGUCUCGUGGGCACUCGGCGGCCCGGGGCCAGGGACAGGACCAAGCUCGCCAACGGACCAAAAGGUCACCAUUACGCGCAGCGAGAAUGGCGACGUGCCCGUGCAUUUGGAUAGCGAGGCGAGCGGCACAGCCCCGGUUGGGAUCGGCCGAGAGGGGGGUGCGCGCGCUGUGAGUUUGGGAUACGCGCAGGGUAGGCGAAGGCUGGUGCGGUCGCGCCGGACGGGAAGCAUUAGUUCGGUGCUCAGUACGGGGAGCUAUCGGGAAUCUGAGCAGAAGUGAGGGCAUAUACGGAUGGACUAUCUAAUUGGUUGUUCUUGAUGGUAGUGUCUAAGUUUGUGUUGUGCUUUCUGUAGUUCGGAUGGCGAUCGUUAUGGGAGGUACAUAGUAGUGCUGAAAUGUGGUGUUGCUGUGUUGCUAUGUCCUUGUGUGUAGCUCACUUCAAAGUCAUUGGAGGUGU